AUGGAGAUUCACCCGUCAGAUGUUCUGAAGAGCCUCGGGGACGUUCCAGCAGCCGUCUCCAAACACUGCAUCUACCCGGCGCUGGUGGGCUGCUCCGCCCCCGUGGAGGCGGUGCUGCCUCAGAUCUCCAACAUGUGGUCUCGAGGCUUCGGCCAGCUGGUCCGGGCCAGAAACAUCAAGACGGUGGGCGACCUGAGCGCUCUGACCCCCGCCGAGGUCAAGACCCUGCCCAUCCGCUCCCCCAAGAUCUCCAACGUCAAGAAGGCGCUCCAGACCUACGAGCAGCAGAGGAAAGGACGCGGCGGCGACGAGCUGAAGAGCUUCGACGAGACGGAGAGGAUGACGUCUGAGGUGGAGGAAACGAGCGCUCCCCAGACCGCCGACGAGGACGACAAGACCACCGGAGAGACUCUGGCCACGGAGCUGCCGGACGAGGUCGUCGCGGAGCCGCAGGAGGCCCGGGGACUCCCGGAGGUCCCGGAGGCCCCCCUGCUGUCGGAGCUGCAGGCGCUGUGCUGCAGGGCGAGCCCGGCGGCGCUCGGCCGCUGCUCGCCGCGGGAGCUGGUCGACGCCCACCAGCUGCUGGGAGGCCUGAUGAGCAGCGUGGUGAGGGAGCUGGAGAGCCGGGUCGGCCGGGCAGAGGGGGCGGGGCCUGUGCCUUAG